AUGCCUCCCUCCGCCACAGACGCAGCCGCCGAUGGCCUAACCAGCCCCAAGGUCUCCAGCCAGGAGGCCGGAGCCGCCAACGCCAAAAUCAAGAUGCCCAUCCCCUGCCCCCCGGUCUUCGAGGACAAGCUCAAGGAGCGCGAGUACCUCAAGGGCCGUCUCGCCGCGGCCUUCCGCAUCUUCGGCAAGAACGGCUAUGACGAGGGUGUCGCCGGCCACAUCACCCUCCGCGACCCCGUCGACCCCACAACCUUCUGGGUCAACCCCUUCGGCGUCGCAUUCUCGCAAAUCAAAGCCUCGGAUCUCAUCCAGGUCGACCACUCCGGCGCCGUGAUUGACGGCGGCCCGUGCAGAAUGCUUAAUGCAGCGGCUUUCAUGAUCCAUUCUGCCAUUCACUCCGCGAGACCCGAUGUGCUCUGUGCGGCGCAUAGCCAUUCGCUCUACGGACGCUCGUUUUGUUCCCUCGGUAGGGAAUUGGAUAUUACGACGCAGGAUUCGUGUGCUUUUUAUAAUGACCACGUCCUCUACAAACAAUUCAACGGCGUCGUCCUCGCCGAAGAAGAAGGACAUAACAUCGCAGCCGCCCUAGGCACCAAGAAAGCAGCCUUACUCCAGAACCACGGCCUGCUGACUGUCGGCCAGACCAUUGAGGAGACGGUCUUCUGGUUCGUGUCGCUGGAGAAAUGCUGCCACGCCCAGCUGCUGGCUGACGCCGCGGCGGCGGGCAGAGGCGGCGCCACGGUUAAGAUUGAUGAUGCGGAUGCGGCGUUUACGUAUAAGACUGUGGGGUCGAGUUUGGCGGGGUAUUUCAGUGCGAAGCCGCUUUUUGAUGUUAUUCAUGAGGAGACGGGGGGGAAGUAUUUGGAGUAA